ACCUCUUUCCUUCUCCCCCGCCCUCGCUGUGAAGAUGGCGCUCUCCAGGGUGUGCUGGGCUCGGGCUGCUCUGUGGGGUUCGGCGGUCACCCCCGGACCUUAUGUCACCCGGAAGCUGCAACUUGCUCGCCCUCGCGCUGGCCUGGCCUGGGGGGCCCCUCGUCUCUUUGAUCUUCCUUGUAGGUCUUCAAACCUCCACCUUUCUCCAAAGGCAGAUGUGAAGAGCUUGAUUUCUUAUGUGGUGACCAAGACCAAAGUGAUUAAUGGGAAAUACCAUCGUUUCUUGGGUCGUCAUUUCCCCCGCUUCUAUGUCCUGUACACAAUCUUCAUGAAAGGAUUGCAGAUGUUUUGGGCUGAUGCCAAAAAGGCUAGAAGAAUAAAGACAUAUAUGUGGAAGCACAAUGUAAAGUUUCAUCAACUUUCAUACCGGGAGAUGGAGCAUUUGAGACAGUUCCGCCGAGACGUCACCAAGUGUCUUUUCCUAGGUAUUAUUUCCAUUCCACCUUUUGCCAACUACCUGGUCUUCUUGCUAAUGUACCUGUUUCCUAGGCAGCUACUGAUCCAACAUUUCUGGACCCCAAAGCAACAAAUUGAUUUCUUAGAUAUCUAUCAUGCUCUCCGGAAGCAGUCCCACCCAGAAAUCCUUGGCUAUUUAGAAAGGGUUAUCCCUCUCGUUUCUGAUGCAGGACUCCGGUGGCAUAUGACAGAGCUGUGCACCAAGAUACAGCAUGGUACCCACCCAGCAAUACAUGAUAUCCUGGCUCUGAGAGAGUGUUUCUCUAACCAUCCUCUGGGCAUGAACCAACUCCAUGCUUUGCAAAUGAAAGCCUUGAGUCGAGCCAUGCUUCUCACACCUUAUCUGCCUUCUUUCUUGUUGAGACACCGUUUAAAGACUCAUACCACUGUAAUUCACCAACUGGACAAAGCUUUGGCAAAGCUGGGGAUUGGCCACCUGACCCCUCAGGAAGUGAAAUCGGCUUGUUAUCUUCGUGGCUUGAAUUCUACCCAUAUCGCUGAAGAGAGGUGUCGAGCUUGGCUGGGAGAAUGGCUACAGAUUUCCUGCAGCCUGAAAGAAGCUGAGCUGUCCCUCUUGCUACACAACGUGGUCCUGCUUUCCAUCAACUACACCGGCUCAAGGCGCUGAAUGAAUGUGGAGCGGGUGGCAUCAUCCUGCAGUCACACAGUACGGCAGCGUGGUACCAAACAGCACUGGCCGGCAAAGCAUCUGUGUGCCCUGGCGGGGGUGUGCGGGAGGCAGAGGAGCAGGUGCCCGCGGGCUUCCCAGCGUGGUACCCUCGAGGGAGGGAGCUGGAACCGAAACAGACCCUCUUACCAGAAGUGUCAUCCCAACUUCCUCACCAUCAGCCAGAGCUGGCAGCAGCCUCCGUACUGGGCUUUAAUUGUGACGUUUUGAGUUCAGAUCCUAGGAAGUGAGCUUUUGCCCCAGGUGGGGCAAGUCCUAGCAGCCUCGGACUUAACCACUGCCACAUUCUUUACAGCUGGGUUUUUGUUAGUUUCCGGCUGGGGAGGGGGGCAGCCCUGUUGAAACUGGAGCAUUUACAUCUGUGCGUGUCCUUUGAUGCUGCCCUCGAUCCUUUUUGUGACCAAAAAUAGGCUUUUUAUUUUUAUUUUUAUUUUUGGUCCCCUCACUGGGUUAACCACUCCCUUUCCAAGUCCAUGAAACACUUUUUUUUUUUUUUUUAAAGCAAAUAGUUAUUCAUAUAUGGGAACAUUCUGAUGGCAACGAUGCAAGGAAAUACAAGUGCCACUUGACCCUUUCCGUGUUUAUAGCCUUCACCCCACCCUUGUCUUAAUUUCUGGGCUGUGGUGCAGCCUCCACAGAUCUUAAACUCUGCUACCUCCGCUGAGUUGCGGCAGUCCGGCUGUAACUGCCAGUGGCCGCCUUUGGGCCCUGGAUUAAGCCUCCAAGGCACUAACGACCACCCUGCUUGGGAGCCCGGGAGCGGUCUGCGUCGAGAGUACGUUGGGUUUAGCUUUUGUCCCUGUACGCUAGUGACGUGUAAUAACUUAUUGUUAAAUGCAUGAAGCACUGUUUUAAAGCCAAGUAAAGACUGCCUGAAACCA